UUUUUUCUUCUUCUUCUAUCCGGUUAUGGAAGUCGGCCAGAAAGGCAUUUAAACGCAGCUGUGCUAAGAAAUACGUAAAUCCUCAAGUGAAGACGCAAGUCACCUGCCCCAUUAUAGCCACAUAAUUAAAAGAUGCCGGUAGCUGUAGGUCCGUAUGGCCAGACCCAGCCAAGCUGUUUUGAUCGGGUCAAGAUGGGCUUUAUGAUGGGGUUUGCUGUAGGAAUGGCUGCUGGUGCCAUGUUUGGCACUUUCUCCUGUCUCAGGAUCGGUAUGCGCGGGAGGGAACUAAUGGGAGGAGUUGGGAAGACCAUGAUGCAGAGCGGAGGGACAUUUGGGACCUUCAUGGCCAUUGGUAUGGGCAUCCGCUGCUGAGGAUAACCCCAUGCACCCUCACACAACUAUACAGCAAUGGGACUUUUCUAAUAACUAAACUCCCAGCUCUCGGUCUGCUCAAUGAUGUCAUGCUCCCAACCUUCAGUCUAGUUUUGUCAAUAAAAGUUGAGAUUUAUCAAAUGGU